AUGGCCGCGAACGACGGUGAGCUCUCGCCCGCGCGCGGCGGUGCGCGCGCGGCGGUCGCGGUACCGGUAGCGCGCGCGAGCGGCGCCGGUGGCGGUCACGCGGGUGACCGCCUCGAGCGUCAUCAACAUCAGCAUCAACAUCAUCAACAUCAACAUCAACAUCAUCAUCACGAAGACCGCGUCGGAUGGGGCGGGCGGGCGUCGCACGGCGACCGAGGAGACGCGCGAUAUGGGCGUGAUGGAACGCCGCACGCGCGGGUUGGACGAGACGGCCGCGGGAGGGGACGACGGAGCGGAGGCGGUGGACGAGGGCGAGGCGACGACGGCGCGCGAGGCGGCGGCCGAACGGGUCGAGGUCGAGGACGCGGACGGGGUUUCGGUGGAUUGGGGGGCGGUGGAUACGAGUACGGGUACGAUGCGCGAUUCAUCAAGCCGAGGCGGGAGCCAAAGGUGAAUUACGCGUCGAAGAUCAAGCGAUGCGUGCACACGGGGGACGUGAGCGUCGGGUUUCAGUGGUUCUCGGCGGCGUGCGAGCGAUAUCGGAGAGAGGUGGCGAUGGGAAUCUUUGAACGCGCGGGUGGGGAUCCGCGAACGACGUGCCCGAUGGGGAUCGAUGAGACGACGUAUUACAAGCUCAUCGCGGCGUUGAUCAAGGAGACGCACGCCGAUCACGCGAGCGAGGUGUCGCGCGCGAUGGCGGCGUUCGGCCUGAAGAUGUCGACCAAGAGGUUCACGGAAAUCAUCGCUAGCGUGCCGUGUCGAACGCGCGCCAAAGAAGCACUGGCGUUUGUUGACGCGUGCUGCAGAGGACCGGAUUUCAGCGACGAGUUCCCGUCCACGAGCGCUCAGGGAGGGAUUUUAGAAUUCGGCGACGUCGCCACGGCGACGUACUUUACAAAAAAUAUGCGUCUGCUGGUGAUGGAGUUUUGCGAGGAGUCCAGUCAGAUCAUGGAUCGAAUCAAGAAGCGCUCAACGAAAUCACUCGAACAAGCGGGCACGUGCUCGCUCAAUCUCGUCGCAAAACCGUCAAAGAUCAAGGGUGGAAGACUGUGCCUGUCGACGCAAAUGCUGGCAGACGCGCCGAACUCCCUGCCGCGCAUGGCGUGCUUGAAAUCGUUAGAAGACGGAAAGAGGGGCGUGCAAGUGGGUGAUAGCGUUCUAGUUCGGCGAUACCAACCCGCAGUCGCUGUAGAAGAGGACUCGUCCGAGACUGAGCCGGAGUCUACUCCGACAGAAGUUGCGGCGAACUCAUCGCUGAAGGCGAGCGCGGCGGCGUUUGUGCCGAAACCAAAGGCACCUAAACCGCUCGCCGCGCCGGAGACGCCCAUGGAGGAAUACGAAGGUGUCGUGGAGAUCGUGCCGUACACUCUCAACGAAUUACACGUCAAGCUCGAUCACGGGGACGUUCAGGAGCUUUACGGGGACGAUUGGCGCAUCGAUCGGCUGGCGAACAGAAUCACGUUCACGCGUCAGGUCGAGUCUUUGUAUGAGCUCCUUGAGCCGAACGAUCCAACGAAAAAAGCAGUGUGCAACACGAACCCAGUGUUCCGCCAGAUUCUCACAGCGGGCUUUCAACGAUCUAUGAAGGAGCUGGCUGAUGACCUCGCCGCGGCUGUGGGAUCGCUCAACAUUCGCGCCGACGAUGCGUCCGACCCGGACGGCACGACGAACGGCGUCACCCCCAAAGAACACAAGUUUCGCGUGCACGAGAUACCGCCGUGGCAGCCGGGGUGUGAAAUGAUAAAUCUUGAGGCGGUUCCCAUGCUUUGCCAAGGGAUUAUCAAUCCCACUGGCGACUUGAAGGCGCCAGGUCCGUAUGAUCGCGUGGUGGACAACAUCACCAGGAAUCACGGUCUGAACGCUUCACAGCGAGAUGCCAUGAAGGCGGCACUCGAACGUCGGUUAACGCUCAUUCAAGGUCCACCCGGGACGGGGAAGACGCACACGUCGGUCGCCAUCGUCCGAGGCAUGCUGGAAAUUGGGCACGGACCGGUUCUGUGCACGUCUGACUCGAACACUGCGGUGGACAACAUGGUCGAGGGAUUGGCAAAGGCGGGCGUGAAUGUCAUUCGUUUGGGGCGACCAGAAGCCGUAAGACCUGAUCUCGCCCGAUAUCAAAUCGAGAACGCCAUCCCGCCGGGGGCGACCAAGCACGAAGCGUACGAGGCGCAACUCCGUGCCGUGCGAUACGCCCAGGCCAUCUGCGCGACGUGUUCGGGCGCUGGUAGCGACUUCCUUGACAGAAUCAACUUCAGUGCUGUGAUGCUCGACGAGGCGAGUCAAGUUACAGAGCCUAUGUCGCUCGUGCCUCUGGCGAACGGGUGCCAACAACUCGUGCUCGUGGGUGAUCAUAAGCAACUUCCUCCGACGGUGGUCUCGCGCGAGGCGGAGCUCGCGGGUAUGACGCUGUCGCUGUUCGAUCGUUUGACUCGCGCCGGUGUGAAGCCGUACUUACUAGACACGCAGUUUCGCAUGCACCCUGCGAUCAGUCACUUCCCUUCCCACUCGUUUUACAACGGUUUGGUGAAGAGCGGUACUCCGGCGAAAGACAGGCCGGCACCCAAGGGAUUUCAGUGGCCGAUCCCGAGCGUACCCAUCGCGUUCUGUCCGACUCCGGAGAACUCGAAAGAGACGAACGAUAACCUGAGUUACUCCAACAGAGUCGAGGCCGAGCGCGUACUCGAGAUCCUUCUCGGUGUGCUCAGCGCGGGAGAACUCAGACCGUGUCACGUCGGCAUCGUUACACCUUACGCGGCGCAGGUCAAGUUGAUUCGGUCCAUGUUGCGCCAGCGAGGCGUUCGUACGGGUGUUGACAGAGACACUGGUGAGGCUGGAAUCGAAGUUUCUUCGGUUGACGGCUACCAAGGACGGGAGAAAGAGCUCAUGAUUGUCUCGACCGUUCGCGCGAACGAUCUAAAUACCAUUGGUUUCGUCGCGGACGCGCGUCGCUGCAACGUCACCCUCACCAGAGCUCGUAGAGGUGUCAUCGUCGUCGGGCACGCCUCGACGCUCUCAAAAGAUCGACGCACGUGGGGUCCUUGGGUGCGCUGGGUGCGUAAUGCCGGUCUCACGCUCGGCGUGAAGGGUCGACGAGAAGAUAUCGCCGCCGUCAAAGCCAUCGAAGCCGACUCGCAAUCCGGCGCUCCGGCAACGCGGCUCGUUCCCGCCCCACGCGGACUCGUCCCUCGCGGUUACCGUUAG